UCAGACACUCAACCAACAGAGACACCCAGGUGCCCUGGUGUUGCCAUAGCUUUAAAAAAAAAAAAAAAUUGUCAUUACUUCCUGAUGGUGUGGGUUAGAUACCAUUUCUGGGGGACAAGAGAGCAAAUGAGUAGGAGACAGGUCUGAAUCAGAUACAUCUUAAAAGUGGACUUUGAUGGUCCAUUAGUAAACAUUACCCGCCCUCCCCCGCCAAAAAAAAAAAAAAACCAAAACAAAACCAAAAAACGAUAUGCAAAGAGAAUACAUGAUUCAGAAAAGAAACCAAAGAGGUGAGGUGAUCAGUUACAAGACGGAUGUUGCCUUGGAGUCCGGGACCUAGCAACCGAGAACUUGGAAGGUGCAGACAAUGGGUGACAGAAUGUGCUCACAGUUUCAGGCUGAGGAGAGGAGAGGGCCUUCAGACUGAGCUCCAGUCACGCUCGGUGGCUGAGUGCUCCUGUCUGCCCUGCCGAGGGGCCGACCAUGGACAAGCGAGGACGCUGUGCUGGAUAGAGGAACGGCCUGUGCUCUGCGCGUCUGACCCAGUAGCUAGCCGUCGUCCUCCCCAGACUUCCGUUGCGUCGGAGACCGCGUCACUGGACAGUGGAGACCCCCAGCACGCAGUUUCCAUGGCCUUGCCUCAGGGUGCCAACAGCUGCCAAUCGGCAGGCUUCGCCCUAGCCACCCUAGGAUGGAUCCUCGCCAUCACUUCCAUGGGCCUCGUGGAGUGGCGAGUGUGGCACACAGGGAACACCUCUCUCUCUCACUCCGGAGUGGUCUGUGUGGGAAUGUGGAAGGUGUGCAUUUACCACCAUGCCCCCGACACCAACAGAUCUACAUUGUGUUACCAUUACACCCAAGAAGAUACUUACAUCCCUUUGGGUAUUCGUAUUUGUCAAAAUCUCCUGUUGGUCGCCAGCAUCCUAGGUCUCAUGGGGAGAGUCUCCACCAUCUUUGCACUUAAAAAUGUGUGCGUUGGAAGUGUUCAGAGGAAUGCCACCUUCGGUCCACGCGUCUCAGGAAUUCUGGACAUAGCUGCUGGCAUCUGUGUCUUGAUCCCUGUGAUCUGGAAUUACCACUCCGUGAUGAAUGAAGAGGGUAUCGCCUUCCCACCAUUUCUCUCUCUACCCUUCAAACCCAAUACCCAGGAGCUGGGCAGUGCCGUUCUGGUGGCAGGCCUGAGUGCCAUCAUGAUGCUGUCCAGCGGAUUAAUUUUCCUCUUUUACGGGUGCCCCAUAGCUCGCCAAGUGCAGCCUCAAACUUCAGAAAUGUAAACUCUUGGUUGCAUUGGCUUUCCAAAUUCAAGAUUACCAAGCAUUUGUGACGAGUUCUAGCAGGAUGCCCUAUCAAAUAUUUCCAACGAUUCUAGACCAUGCCAAGGGUAGUUGUGGGCAGAAAGUAGCCAACUAUUUCCAUCUGCUAUUUUCUAUGUCUUGGGUUCAUUAAAAGAAAAUUUCACUUAAAAAAAAAUCUUCCCCACCUGUUGGUUGGUCUUACUGAGUCUGAAUUUCAAUUAUUGUCGAAUAAAUAAUCUAUACUAUAAACCUAGCGUAUGGACAUAA